AUGUUAUGCUGUGUGGUCGGCAAUCUCACAUACCAAGCCGUUCUCGUAGUAACUCGUCAGGUAGAACUCGCACAGGCAGUAGAACGUCCAGAAUGCCUCUUCUUCCGGCAUGUGGAUGAGGAGUGCAGCGGCAAUCGGCGCUUGGGCCUGGCAAUAGCCGACCUGCGGCACCAGGAGCGAAUACGCUUUGAGCAGGUUGAACAGAGCCUGCUGUCUGAGACGGGAAUGUCGGACGAACGGAUGGAACGGAUUAAGGAAUAA